AUGUCAUCAGAAGAUACUAAACCUAAAACAGAAGAAACUACCACUUCAAUUCCAAAACCACCAACUUCAAACGUUUUCUCAAUGUUUGGUGCUAAAAAGGAAAAAAAAGAGGACGAAAACGAAGUAUAUAAAAAAGAUGAAGAACCAAAAAAAGAUGAUUCGGAUAAAAAAGAUAAAGAUGAAGAUGAUGAUAAAGCAGAUGAAGAAGAAGUCGAUGUUCAUUUCACUCCAAUUAUUCAAUUAGAUAAGAAAGUUGAAGUUAAAACCAAUGAAGAAGAAGAAGAAGUAUUAUAUAAAGUUAGAGCUAAAUUAUUUAGAUUUCAUGCUGAUACAAAAGAAUGGAAAGAAAGAGGUACUGGAGAUGUUAAAUUUUUGAAACAUAAAACAACAAAUAAAACAAGAAUUUUAAUGAGAAGAGAUAAAACUUUAAAAAUUUGUGCAAAUCAUUUAAUAUUACCAGAUUAUGAAUUAAAAUCAAAUAUUGGUAGUGAUAGAUCAUGGGUUUAUAACGUUACUGCUGAUGUUUCCGAAAGUGAAGAACCUGAAGCUCAAACUUUAGCAAUUAGAUUUGGUAAUAAAGAAAAUGCUGAUAAAUUUAAAGAAUAUUUCGAUGAAGCUAAAAAAUCAAACUCAGCAUAA